UCCCAGAACAAAGCUUCGGCAACCACCAACCUUUGUGUGACUCGCCACCCUCGCAAUUCGUCACAACACACUUCACGAUGAGCGCACCUAGCUUGCUAACGAGAAGAGCGGUAUCCGUCUGCUUCUCCUGCCGACGCAACCUCUUGCGACAGCGGCAGUUCUCCACGACGCCCGCCUCCCUCGUCGCCGCCUUUCAGGCCUACACCCUCCCCUCCCAACCGCCACCAGCCCCGCGCAAUGCUUCGGUUCCAGAUACCUCGAUCGGAGGAACAACCCCAAUAGAAUCGCCGACCGUACCCAGAAUCCACCAGACGAGACCACCGAAGCCGAGCGCACUGCUGGACAAGUCCAUCCCCGAAAAGGAAGCGCAGCAGUCCAAGCCGGACUUUGCCGCAACACCCUCGCCCUCGAGCGCCCAACCCUCCCCCUCCACAUCACAACCACAACAACAGCAAACUCCCGCCCAGACAAAAACACCAGAAGCAGCAGCAGGGGCGGCACGAGCAACAGCAGCCGAACCAACCCCUGCCGCCGCCGCGAAGCCCACCGGCUCCGCCCGCCCGCGCUCCCGCCUACGCGCGCGCAAGGCCGCCAUCAACCUGACCCCCGCAGCGAUCUCCCACCUGCGGGCGCUGCUAGACCAGCCGGACCCGAAGCUGAUCAAGGUCGGCGUGCGCAACCGCGGCUGCUCCGGGCUGGCCUACCACCUCGAGUUCGUGGACCGGCCGGGGGCGUUCGACGAGGCGGUUGAGCAGGACGGAGUCAGGGUGUUGAUUGAUAGUAAGGCGCUGUUUAGUAUCUUGGGGAGUGAGAUGGAUUGGGUGGAGGAUAAGUUGAGCCAGCGGUUCGUGUUUCGGAAUCCGAAUAUUAAGGAACAAUGUGGCUGCGGAGAGUCGUUCAUGGUUUGAGCGGAAGGGACUGUCUGCGUCAUGCAGAAUGGAGAGCUGAAUUUGGCUUGGGUUAGCCACAUGUUUCGAGAUGACACCCCGCUCUACUGAGUAUGCGAUGCAACUGCUCGGAACUGCGUAUUUUGGGCUCAUUAGAACGGCGUUCAUGCGCUGCUAAAGCGCUAUUUCCUGCUUCAGAUAUAUACUAGAUACCUGAGACUCUGGACGAGCAUAAUGAAUGGUAUUGGGCUUGUUACAA